AUGGCCAUCGUCAUCGGCGGCUCCGACCCCACCGCGCCCGCCCACCGAAAACUCGGCGGCUUCCUCCGCGCGGUGGUCUCCAUCCCGGCCGCCGCCGCGGCCGCCGGAUCCAUCCGCCCGCUGGCCCCCUGCACCCUCACCGCGUGCGGCGCCGUGCCCCUCGCGCCCCUCCCCGACGACGCGCCCUCCCACUCGCACUCGCGCGCCACCGCCACCCCGCGGGGCCCGGCCAAGUGGCGCGCCACCGGCGGCAGCGUGCUGCGCCAGCUGCGGGCGCUCGCGGGCCACCGCUGCGUCGAGGUCGAGGGCACCGUCCUCCGGGUCGCCGUCAGGGACGGGGCGGCAGAGGCCAGGGCCGUCCUGCUGCUCGACGUCUACCUGCCUGUAGCAGCAUGGUCCGGGUGGCAGUUCCCGCGCUCCCGCGCGUCCGCUGCGGCCGCAGUGUUCAAGCACCUCAGUUGCGACUGGGAUGCUAGGAAGGCUCUAGUUGACUUUGACUGGACUUCUCGGGACAAUGCACACUGUGACGACCAGUAUAUUUGGAGCUGCACUGAUUGCCAUGUCCUGGGCUGUGAGGUUCAUCAGAUGUCAGCUGUAUCGAAUAAUGAAAAGUCAUUCGACCUGCAUGAAAUCUUCAAAGUUCUCCCUAGUGUCAGGGCGGAGAAGGCGAUGCAGAUAACAAGAAUAAUACCCGAUGUUGUUUCGGAUGAAGCGCUGGAGCCGGGUAUCUGGGAUAUCCCUGACGAUGUAUUGAAUAAGGUGCUAAUCCGGCUUAAACCCAGGGAUUUAAUAAGAGUGGCAGCUAGCUGUCAUCAUCUAAGGGCUCUUGCUGCCUCUAUUAUGCCUUGCAUGAAGCUGAAGCUUUUUGCUCAUCAAGAGGCGGCUGUCGAAUGGAUGUUGAGGCGGGAGCAAAACUCUGAGCCCUUGGCGCAUCCUCUAUGCAAGAACUUCUGCACCGAGGAUGGCUUUCCUUUCUUCAUCAAUGUUACCUCUGGUGAAAUAUUCACCGGCGUUGCUCCAACCAUAAACGACUUUGGCGGAGGUAUGUUCUGUGAUGAACCUGGAUUAGGAAAGACAGUGACUGCAUUGUCUCUUAUUCUCAAAACGCAAGGAACUUUAGCAGAACCUCCAAAAGGGGUGGAUAUAAAGUGGUGCAUGCAUAGAACAGAUAAAAAGUAUGGAUACUAUGAAUUCAACACCAGCGACUGUUCGAACCGAAAUGAUAUUUCAUCUGAGUCAAAAAGGCUUGCGGGGAAGGACGUUGUUGAAGAAGAUGGUGACUCUGUUCCCAGUACAAGAUCAUCAAGAAAGAGAGGCAGGUUAGUAAACCCUGACCUAUCGAGGGUCAACAUGCCUCUGUCAGGUGAGAAGUCACCAGAAUCAUGCAACCCGCAUCCAAUGCCAGCUACUCAAGUACUGAAGUUCACCAAAAACUUGAAUCAUGUUAGGAAAAACCUCAUGGAUGCUUACAGCAAUGAUUCAGCUGGCACUAAAAGGAAGAGAGACACCACUUCUGAAUUAAGUGAGACGUGGGUUCAGUGUGAUGGUUGCAGAAAGUGGCGGAGGCUAUCAGAUGGAACUGUUCUUGAUUCUACUACCGCAUGGUUUUGCAGUAUGAAUGCCGAUGCUGCACGGAAAACAUGCACUGCUUCAGAGGAAUCCUUUGAUAUCAAGAGUAAGAUAACCUAUUUGCCAGGGUUUUACAAGAAAGAUGAAUUGCCAGGGAAUGAGCAGAAUGUAUCGUUUUUCGCAAACAUAUUGAAAGAUAGUGUUUCUUUGAUCAACUCUGAAACCAAGAAGGCUUUAUUGUGGCUGGCAAAACUUCCUCUUGUAAAACAUCUUCAGAUGGAAUCAGUUGGUUUGACACGCCCAGUUUUGGAUGCACGUGCAACCAUAGGCAAGGGUGCCCGCCCAUAUUUCAAGAUAUUUCAAGCAUUUGGUCUUGUGCGGAAAAUUGAGAAAGGUGUAACUAGGUGGUAUUAUCCAUCUAUGCUUGAUGAUUUGGCCUUUGACUCGACUGCGCUUGAAAUUGCUCUUGAAAAACCUCUGGAUUUAGUGAGGUUUUAUUUAUCUAGGGCCACCUUGAUAGUUGUGCCUGCUAAUUUAAUUGAUCACUGGACAACACAGAUAGAACGCCAUGUUUCCUCGGAUACACUGAAUGUUUAUGCAUGGGGAGAUCACAAGAAGCCGCCAAAUGCUCACCUCCUUGCUUGGGACUAUGACAUUGUCAUAACCACAUUUAGCAGAUUAAGCGCAGAAUGGGGUCCACAGAAGAGAAGUAUUUUAAAGCAGAUCCAUUGGUUUAGGGUAAUAUUAGAUGAAGGACACACUUUAGGUUCCAGUCUCGCCCUGACAAACAAAUUGCAGAUGGCCGUUUCUUUGGUUGCUUCAAACAGGUGGAUUCUAACUGGUACGCCUACACCAAACACACCAACUAGUCAGGUUGCGCAUCUUCACCCCAUGCUUAAGUUUCUUCAUGAAGAAGCUUAUGGUGAAAACUACCAGUCAUGGGACUCUGGAAUUCAUAGGCCCUUUGAGGCACAAAUGGAAGAGGGGCGCAUUCGCCUUGUGGAGCUGCUUCGAAGGACCAUGAUUAGUGCAAGAAAAGCAGAUCUUAAAAACAUUCCUCCUUGCAUAAAGAAUAUAACUUUUGUAGACUUCAGUGAGGGGCAUGCGAAAAGUUACAAUGAACUGGUUGUUACUAUUCGCCGGAAUAUACUGAUGGCUGAUUGGAAUGACCCUUCCCAUGUGGAAUCACUUCUGAACCCCAAGCAGUGGAAAUUUCGUACUACUACUAUAAGGAAUGUCCGCUUGUCUUGCUGUGUUGCCGGGCAUAUUAAAGUUGGAGAGGCUGGUCAGGAUAUACAAGAAACUAUGGAUGAGUUGAUGAAGCUGGGUCUUGACCCUUCUUCAGAGGAAUAUCAAUCCAUAAGAUUUGCUCUGUUCAAUGGCACCGAUUGCGUAAGGUGCCGAGAUUGGUGCCGCUUACCUGUUAUAACACCUUGUCGGCAUCUGCUGUGCCAUGAUUGUGUAGCUUUGGAUAGUGAGAAAUGCAUAGUAUGCGGCAACAAUUAUGAGAUGCAGUCUCCCGAAACUCUUGCAAGGCCAGAAAAUCCAAACCCAAAAUGGCCAGUUCCAAAGGAUCUAAUUGAAUUGCAGCCUUCAUAUAAGCAGGAUGACUGGGAUCCAGAUUGGCAGUCAACAACUAGCAGCAAAGUUGCUUAUUUGGUUGAGAAGUUGAGAAGUUUGCGAGAAGCGAACAUACAACUUGGGUACUCUACUAGCACCAAUGGUGCUGGUCUUGCCAGUAAUAACCCGCAGACCAGGUUACCACAGACAUUGCCUGACAAAGUAAUAAUAUUCUCUCAGUUUCUGGAGCAUAUUCAUGUGAUUGAGCAGCAGCUGACUAUUGCUGGCAUAACGUAUGCUGGAAUGUACAGUCCCAUGCCUUUGGGCACUAAGAGAAGUGCAUUGAUGAAGUAUAAAGAGGAUCCAACGUGCAUGGCUUUACUGAUGGACGGAACUGCAGCACUGGGCCUUGAUUUGAGUUUUGUGAAUCAUGUUUUUCUGAUGGAACCAAUAUGGGAUAGGAGUAUGGAGGAGCAAGUCAUUAGUCGUGCACAUCGAAUGGGUGCAACCCGUCCCAUAAAUGUUGAAACUCUGGCUAUGCGUGGUACCAUCGAAGAGCAGAUGAUAAAACUUCUACAGGACUCUAGUGCUUGCAGAAAGAUGGUUAAUAAGGGAGCAGGCAGCACUGACAAUGAAGGUGCCCGGCCUCACCGGAGUCUGCAUGAUUUCGCCGAAAGCAGCUAUCUGGCGAAACUCAGCUUUGUGAAAGGCUCCAACAAGACCAACUAGCUAGGUUUCGUUUGGAAUUCUUUUGUUUGUUUGUUCAUAGGCCCUUGAAAUCAAUAUUUUGGUACAGUAGAAGAUAAAACUCACGGUCUUGUGGAGCUUUAUGGACUUGUACUGAACCUGUGUCCCUUGUUUUGUUUCACUAGGGCAAUAUAAUCGGUUGGAGUACGUACA